AGCGCCAAUGUUCGCACGUUAGCAUCGCGGAUUUCGGCCCACUUCGACACACUGCCGAACAUCACCAGCCGCUAUAUACCCUUUGUCCUCCCGACUUUGUGUCUGACCUUGCCAAAUCUCCAUCAGGAUGUGUUUCGAUUGAUCCGUCAGGAGGUUUGACUAAGGAGUCGGGAUAUAGUAUUUUUCAUGACGAUCCGGGUCACACACAAUGCAACUGGUGCUUUAUAGAAAGCAUUCCUCGCUUCAGUUUGUGCUACUUCUGUUUUUCUCAGCAUUCACUCCUUUUUGUUCUGCUAGUGUAAUACAAGACCUUCAUAGCAACUACUACGAUCCGCCUCCAUCAGCGGAAGACGGUCCUCCACUCUCGGCUGGAGCCUUGAGGAAUACAGCUUACCUUCCCGCGCAGAUUGGUGGUAUAGUCGGAUCGUAUGCUCUUUCGCUCGUUGUAGUCGCAGCAAUCCUUCUUAUCUUAGCGAAGAAACGCCGCGAGCAUCUGUCGGCGGGAGAAGAAGACCUUGACGGCCAAUAUCCAUAUUCAUUCGCUUUUCCCCCGCCUCAACUCGGAGGCGCCCAAAAUCCUCAAUACGGCCUUGAUCCGCCAAAAUCGCCUAUCAAGAAUUUCUCGUACCCGACUCCGCCAACGCCAUUGACCGCGACAGGGCCGACAAGUCCCUACAUUGUUCCAUCGCUUCAUUCCACGAGCACUCUUGGUGUUAACCCGUUGGUCGAUCCACGAGUCGUUGCAGCAGACCGCGAAAUGGCGCAACAACAACUAGAAGAGAUGUACAGGCUCGUAAUGGAGCAAGAGGCCGCCAAGGAGGCAGGCGUCACUUUGGACCAACCUCCAGCACCAUUAUCGUCCCAACAGCAACCUCCAAAGCAGGGGAUCUUAAAGAGGGGCAAAAAUAAGCCGGCGAACCUCGACCUACAGGCUGGAGCAGAGAAGCCUCAGUCCAGAGCCUCUUCGAUUUUGUCCGCUUUCAAAUCGCCUCGAAAGAAGAAUGUAAAGGGUAUCAGCAUCUCGUCGCCGAUCAUGACACCGAUGUCAGGUACCUUUCCGCGCCAUGAGGAAGAGGAAAUGAGCUCAAUUCCUCCUCGUCAUUACGCACCCGCAUCCCCGCCCCCGGUUCCGACAGACCAGAUUCCUUAUGCACGGGCCAGUAGGCAGCACCCAUCAGUGGCACCCAUCACUCCCCCGGAUAUCUCGCCGGAGAGCACGCAAAGUAUUGAUGAGCGUCUGGGCCAUAUGCGCAACAACUCGCAAUAUACAGACCCUGACCCUGUCUCUGCCAUCUCCGCUGUUUCCGAUCGUUCCACUGCACCGCUCGUUGGUCUACCUUCGUCGCCAAAGCCAGGCGUCAACAGGUUCCCUUCCCUACCAGCGUCUCCGAAGCCGGGUGCUACAUUCCCAACUUCACCCCGGUCAGAGCAGUCUUUCUCACGUCCCAAUGCACCAUCAGCAGUUCGAACUGGUGGGACACUUCCGUUACGAGCUUACGAGCCUGCUCUUAGCUCUCCUUCGGCACAGACGACCAAGCAGACAACGUUUGAAAGGACGACACCUCUGUCGCCAUCAGGAUUACGGACUCCCUGGACGGGCGCGCCAGUGCCUUAUACCCCGUACCAGCCAUUCUCGCCUGUGGUCCCCAUCACACCAUCGCUAGUGACCAAAGCAGACCGAAAGAGGAUGAAGCAGUUACAACCCAAGACGCCAACGAUGGAGAUGGUGAAGAGCGACGACGAAAUGUGGUAGGCUUGGGUUACGUGUUUAUGGGGUUGCAAUGAUCACAAUGAAAGGUCUCAUAGGGCUCAUCCGGCAUUGGGCCUGUUUCCCGGCGUUUUUUAUAUGGGCUCGUGUUUCAAAAUCUGAUGAAUGACGUAGAGGGAUGAGAGGGAUAUGGGAUAUUCCUACUUUCGGCCUCGAAGCUUUUUACUUGUCUAUAAUUCUAUUAUACCAUUUUGAGAAACUCUUGAAGGAGUUAAUUUAACGUUGGAGUUUCAAUUAUACUUCUCAACCAAUGGUUGCUUCUCUUCUCUAUCGGGGCUCGCCGUUGAAUAUUUGGCAAACUAGUCAUGCAG